GAGGAAGGAAGGUCCGGGGACAGAGGCCGCGCCCUGGGUGUUGCCCUCCUUCACUGCCCCAUUUUCUCUCUCACCUCCCCCCCAACCAGCCAGCAGGUUUUUUGCAUGGCAAGCUCUGCCCGCUUCUAAAAGGGAACAUUGCUUCCCUGCGCUUCCUACUUCGAGGGGCACCUCUGUUGCACUCGCUAAACUUUCCUCAACUUCCCCAUUCAUCCAUUCAUCCAUCAUUCUGCCCCUUUUCAUUCAAAUAAUAAAUAGGUUGUAGUCUCUGCUUUCCCCCUCCCCCCCCCAGUUCAUCCCAGGUCAAUAGAGGUGAAGUGGUUUUUAAGUCACCAACCCUCUGCCCGAUAUGCAAGGCAGAAAUACCUUUCCAGGCACUUCUUUGGUACUGGAACAUGUCUUAGCAUAGUUCCCUUUUGUGUGUUUGUCUCAUGCCAUUUUUCUGACACUGCUCCAAAGCUUAGUGUGAGCCUCACACUCUCCAUUCGUUCUCUGACCACAGAUUGCCAAAGUCAAGGUGGCGCUCCGAAGGGGUGUUUUAUUCUUUCCACUGCCAUUUAUCUGUUUUGAUAUUCUGCCAAAGAGCAGCGGUUGAUGGAAGAGCUAGGUCUAUUGCACCAGGCUUGAGAGGGGACUGUACUUGACUUAAUGCAUCUUCCCACAUUCCUGUUUCUGAGACACAGUGCUUAGUGAUCCUUAGGGUCAAACUGAUCAGGAAAAGUGCCUAAUUUCUUCCAAGCUUCCCUGAGGAAACCCUGUGCUCUUUCCAUGCAGGCAUAAUUCAAAGUCCCUAAUAACAUUGAGGUCUCUUUGGGGGGCCGGGGGGCAGCAAAGCUACAUGGUUUCUGAGCCUGAAAGCCCAUUUUUGGAUCAGCUGCAGUCAGAGCGGUGGAGGGGCCCUGUAUUCCUUUCACUGCUACAGCAUCAAAGCCUUGGAUGAAACAAGCAGAGAUCAUUUGCUGGAUGCCUCCCUUCCACUGCUUGGCCUUCUAUGCCUCUAGGAGGUAUUGUGAGGUCAUAAGUGGGUUCUAGGUGUGUCCCAUAGAAAACUGUCCCCAGAACCUGUACAAAUUCACAGCCUAGUGGGAGAUGGAAACCUGGAACGUUCUGCUGUAGCAUAUCACUACCUCUCUCACAGCAAGACCACGGAAAAUCAACUGCCGCUUUAAUUCCGAUUCCCCUUUACCAUCCAGGCCCAACAUUGCCUUUGGGGUGUUUUUUCCCCAUCCUUGACAUUUUAAAAUUGAUGUUGGUUCUCCCUUCUUUCUAGAAAGGUCAUUGCCUUUUCCAAUCUUGUUCAGGCACAUCUCUUUGCAUUGACUGUACCCGUAAGGGAGUAUUUGUUUUCCAAUUCUUACACUGCCAGGCAAAAUGAGCCAGAUUCCAAGGCCAGUUAUAUCUGAAUACAACAGCUGCCUAUAACUUGCCUCUUUUAUCACUUUGCUCCUGACAUCCACAGAAGUGAGUAGGAACUUCAUGCUCCAGAAUUAAUUUGACCUAGUGCGUGCGCGCACACACACACACACACACACACACACGCCAACAAGCCAGAGUUCAUGAGUUUUUGCCAUGGCCUCAGAAGCAGUGAAAGUGAUUGUGCGUUGCCGCCCUUUGAAUGAACGUGAAAAACAGCUUGGCUGCAAGGUAGUAAUUAAUAUGGACAGUGCCCGUGGUCAGUGCUUCAUCCAGAACCCUACAGCUGAAGAUGAUCCUCCCAAACAAUUUACUUUUGAUGGGGCAUAUUACUUGAACCACAAUACGGAACAGAUCUACAAUGAAAUUGCCUACCCAGUGAUAGAGGGUGUUACAGAAGGCUAUAAUGGGACCAUUUUUGCCUAUGGGCAGACAGGCAGUGGGAAAUCCUUUACCAUGCAAGGGAUUCUGGAUCCACCUUCCCAGAAGGGUAUCAUUCCCAGAGCCUUUGAACAUUUGUUUGAGAGUGUGCAGUGUGCAGAAAACACCAAGUUUUUGGUGAGAGCCUCUUACCUGGAGAUCUAUAAUGAAGAAAUCAGAGACCUCCUGGGUCCAAACACCAAGCAGAAACUGGAGCUGAAAGAGCAUCCAGAGAAAGGGGUGUAUGUGAAGGGUCUUUCACAGCACACAGUACAUAGUAUCACCCAGUGCGAGCGCAUCAUGGAGACAGGCUGGAAAAAUCGUGCGGUGGGCUAUACCUUGAUGAACAAGGACUCCUCCCGUUCCCAUUCUAUCUUCACCAUCAAUAUGGAAAUCUACGUUGUAGAUGAGAGAGGUCAAGAUCAUCUGAGGGCUUCAAAGCUCAAUCUGGUAGACCUUGCCGGGAGUGAGAGGCAGUCCAAAACUGGAGCUGUUGGUGAGCGCCUCAAAGAGGCCACCAAAAUCAACCUGUCUCUCUCAGCACUUGGCAAUGUGAUCUCAGCCCUGGCAGAUGGAAGAUGUAGGCAUAUCCCUUACCGAGACUCCAAACUGACUCGGGUGCUGCAGGACUCUCUUGGAGGUAACACCAAGACACUUAUGGUGGCAUGCUUGUCUCCUGCUGACAACAAUUAUGAUGAGACUCUUAGCAGUUUGCGCUAUGCCCACCGAGCCAAAAAUAUCCGCAACAAGCCUCGCAUCAAUGAGGAUCCUAAAGAUGCUCUCCUGAGGGAGUACCAGGAGGAGAUCAAGCAUUUGAAAGCUAUCUUGGCUCAGCAGAUCAACCUGAAUAACUUGCAAGUGGAAUGUCCUCAUUUGUUACCUCCUGAGGCUGUUCAACCUGAGGACAAGCUAGAACUUGCUCCUGAGUUCCAGCCAGAUGUUGAGAAAGAGAAGCAACUAAUCCGAGAAGAGUAUGAGGAGAAGCUGGCCCAGCUGAAGGCGGAAUAUGAAGCUGAACAAGAGUCUCGUUUCCGGCUCGAGGAAGAUAUCAGUGCCUUGAGGAAUGCUUAUGAUCUGAAGUUCCACACUUUGGAAGGAAGUGUCAGGAAAGAAGUGGAUACAAGUGGAACAGAAAUGGCAGAGUCAGCUGAAGCUCUUUCUGACCAAGCUCCUUCACCCCUCAUCCCUGCUGCAGAUACUGAAUUAUUAGCUAAGGAGUGCAAUAUAGAGGAGUCACCUUCUCCCCCAGUGGACCAGCAAGUGAGGAAAGUUUUCCGACCAGAUACACCUGGGACUGAUGUAAUUGAAGACGUUCUUAUACCUAUGAACCAGCAGGAAGUACUUGCAAGACUGCAGAUGCUAGAGCAACAGGUGGUUGGAGGAGAACAGGCCAAGAACAAAGAUCUGAAGGAAAAGCAUACACGUCGAAAGAAAAUUGCAGAUGAACGGAAGCAGCAGUUGCUGGAAGCUCUGCAGAAAUCAGAUGAGGACAGCAGUGAUUGGGUCCUACUCAAUGUCUAUGACUCUAUCCAGGAGGAAGUGCGAGCCAAAAGUCGAUUGCUGGAAAAGAUAAAGGAAAAGCUGCGGGCAGCUGAGACUGAAAUCAAAGAUCUACAAUCAGAGUUUGAGCUGGAAAGGAUUGAUUAUCUGGCUACCAUCCGCCGCCAGGAGCGAGAACUCCUGCUCUUCCAGCAGCUCCUGGACCAAGUGCAGCCUCUCAUACGACGGGACUGCAGUUAUAGCAAUUUUGAUAAAAUCAAGCGGGAGUCCACCUGGGAUGAGGAAUUAAGCUGCUGGAAAAUCCCAGAGCCUGUUACUCAGAAGACCAGCCUCCCUGCAGCAGUUUCAUCGCUGUCACUGACUAAGGCGGGCAAGAAGAAUUCAUCGGCAGAGAAUGGGGAGACGGUGACAGUGCCAGAAGAAGACCGCUACAAGAUGAUGCUGAGUAAGAGUGAUAGUGAAAAUAUUGCCAGUAAUUACUUCCGCUCAAAACGAGCCAGCCAGAUUCUCAAUGCUGACCCCAUGAAGAGUCUAGUUUCCCACAACUCACCUCCUUUACUGAACAAUAGUACUUCCAUGCUGACUUCCAGCCUGAUAUCUAUUCCUUCUGCCCAAACAGUGGAGAUGCCCCAGCCACGCCCCUUCCGCCUGGAAUCUCUGGACUUCUCCUCCCCUUCAGCCAGGACAAAACGCAAGAAAAGCAGGAACAACCUGAAUGGUGACCCCCUCUGACUGAUGGAGCGGUUGUCUGCCUGCUGUUCUCUCUGGUCAAUAACUAGCUCUCCUUCACUGGCAUCCUGUUGGUGGCCAUUGCUGAAGUUCCAAGAACCCAAUGCUUUUCUUUCCCAUUUGGGAAGAGUGAAAGCAAUUAAAAGGUGCUUCCUAAAGACCAUUCGUCUGAUCAGCUCUCCAUGUUCAAGUUGGGACUGGCACCUCAUAUCGCAACCCAUUCCUUUGCUAUUUUGUACUCACAUGCCAGUGUUUCCUCUCCAAAUCACUGCUCUACCCAGCAACAGGAAGGGAAAUAGUCCCAGAAGACAUGGAGUGGAAGUUCCUGGCCAUAAGCUUCUCUUUUCCCCAUCACACCACCUCCUGCAUUUCCCUUCUUUUUUUGUCAGAAGUCCCUGGAAACUGCAAGAUAGCCGGAUACAUCAUUGGCUUACCUGCUCACUUUGAUCCUGAAUCUGCCAUCCGUUUGGAAUUCACGGGAAGAGUGAGAGGACAGACAAGUUGCUGCCUCAGCUUAAAUGGAAGGCUGGGAAAUAAGGGACUCUCAAGAAGAGAAAGCUUCUUGAGUAGAUUGGGAACUCAGCUUAAAAGAUGGAUGGAACUAAAGCUGUUUAAUUCAGGUUGUGGGUGAAGAGUGAAUGGUGAUUAUUACUUCCAACAGGGCAAUUGUAAUUGCCUGGCAAAAUAUAAGCGCACUGUUGAUCUAGGGUGGAGAUGAGAUAAGGAUAAGUGUCCAAGAAUUACUGUCCCAAGACAGUUGCAUGAGAAAGUGGAAGGACAGGAGAAGAUGGCUCUUGUUGUCCUUCAGCAGAGGUUCUUGUUCUCCCUGUUCAUUCUGGCACCUAUUACUGAUUCUGCUUCAUUCAUGGCUCUUACCUGAGGGAAGAAAUAAACGGGAGAGAGAGGACUUGGACUUUACCUAACAAUCCUUUCCCAAAUCAUCCUACUUAGAACUUUCCAUAAAGCAUUACACGUCUCAUUGGGUGUUUUUGCCUUUGGCACUUGGGUACCAGAGUGCAUUCUUUUUUUUUUCUUUUUUUCUUUUUGAAAGCCUUAAUAUAGCCAACCUGAACCUUCCAAAUACUGUUUUCCAUGUUUCUUCUGUAACCUGAGAUCACUUCAGUCUGGAGUCUGCUACUGCCUUCUUCCUCGCUAUAGCAAGAAAAAAAAACCCUCUAGUAACAGCAGCACUACUGCCACGUCUCAGCCACCGCUUUCUUCUCAGCCGACCAGAGGAAGCUGGAAAAGCCAGUCUGUUUCAAGUUGCAUAGCCAGCAGCAAAACACAAGCUUCUGAUUUGCACAACAGUUCACCAGCUGAGAAUAAUAGAUCAGGAGUGUUGUGUGUGUGUGUGGGGGGGGGGUAAUUAGUACUGCUGCCAUUUGUGUGGGAUUCACGUUUAACUUUUAGACACUGGUCUGUGUUAUUGAUUUGUUCACAUUCACCUUUCCCCUGAACAUAAUAAAUGGUCUGUUAAGACAA